UUGUAAUUACCUUAAUCGUGGCAAUCGAUUGGUCACGAAGAAAUGAUUAGCCUCGAACACUAGUCAACAGCGCGUGUUUCGAGUUUAGUCAUGUGUGGUUUUGUGUGUCUGUUACUGUUUGUAUUAACUAGUGUACACAGUUACCAUGAAGCCAACUACACCGGCCGACUGACUCCGGAAUGCAUCGACAAGUACUACCGCACAUUUGUGAAGAGGACCGUACCUCCGAGGAACUACCAGUACUUCCACGAGGUCUCCCAGGAGGACGGCGAGGAGAAUGGGGACGAGUUCUCAGAGAUUGCUUACAGAAUAGUGGGUGGCAAGCAGAUCACAAUCGAGCAAGCGCCGUACCAAGUGAUGUACGGGAAGUACUGCGGCGGGUCUCUCAUAGCUCCAGACUGGGUGCUCACCGCCGCACAUUGCAAGGAAAAAGAGGAAUUCGUCUAUCUCGGCUCAACGCACCGCUCUGAAACGAUACCUUACAGAAUCUGCGCCCACUUCACCCACCCUCGCUACAACAAGACGCACCACUCCCACGACUAUGACUACCAGCUGGUACUGUUGGAGCAUCCUGUACCUAUCACAAAGUUCACGAGGCCUAUUGCGAUCGGACACACCAAGGAUAUUAAACCAGGGGCAGUCAUCACUAUUAGUGGUUGGGGACACGCUGUAUAUAAGCAAAGAAAAAUGGAGGAUAUUCUCCGCAAAGUGACAGUCCCAAUAAUAACUACCGACAAAUGCAUGGUAGCCCCCCACGAGAUGUACCACAACAUUACUGACAGGAUGUUCUGUGCAGGUUACGAAGACGGAGACAAGGAUUCUUGUCAGGGUGAUUCCGGAGGACCGGCCAUCUUGAACGGGAGACUAGCCGGCUUGGUGUCGUUCGGCGUCGGCUGUGGACUCAAGGAGUUUCCAGGAGUGUACACCAAUAUCCCCUUGAUGAGGAAGUGGAUCCGAUCUAUAGUUUCUUUACCUUUAUAAAUAAAGCUAUUAAUACAACAUGCUGGUGUCCAUGGGCAGCGGUUGCUUACCAUCAGGCAAACCGCUUGCUUGUUUGCCGACUGUACUAUGAAAAGCGAUUUCGUUAUUGAAUUCUACCAAUGUUAUAAUAGCGAAAACUAAGUGAAUAUAUUUGUCACUCGAUCACGCAUGUUAUUGAACUUAUGUCAAUAAAUAUGGUACUCGACAAACAUAAAUGUAAUCUGUCAGAGCAUGUUAUGUUUUUUUCCCAAAAUCCUCACGGAGGCAAUCCCUGCAAAAGUUUGGUGAAGAUAAAUAUACAAAUGGUUUCUGGAUAAAUGA